UAAACCGGAGUUGGUGAGCUAGGAUAGGCUGGGAGUUUGGUCGAGACCUACAACGAGACGGGACGAAACGGUGGAGGGCAAGAAAGCUUAAAGAACCGACUGAAUGUGGUACAGGAAGUCUGACGUGGACCAUUUAUGACAAAUCUCAAUUGUUACAUUCAGCUAUAACGGAUCCGACCGGCACGAAUGACAGAGGUUUGGUGCAUAAACUUUGUCAUUCGCGUUUGAUCGCUAAAUACCGGACUGCUGUUUUUAGAGGCACAGAGAAAAGGAGAUCAUGCCAAGGCGGACCGUGCAAGAAGUAACAGUUCAAGAUGUCCAGAAAAGGAGAAAUCCGAAUAAACACUAUGUUUACAUCAUCAAAGUGUGCUGGAGCGAUGGCAGCACUGAGGUCAUCUUCCGACGCUACAGCAAGUUCUUCGACCUCCAGAUGGAGCUUCUGGAUAAGUUCCCCGUGGAAGGAGGCCAGAAGGACCCAAAGCGCAGAAUCAUCCCGUUUCUACCCGGGAAGAUUCUGUUCAGGAGAAGCCAUAUCAGGGAUGUGGCCAUGAAACGUCUGAGGCCCAUCAAUGAGUACUGCAGGGCUCUCAUCCAGCUACCGGUGUACAUCUCUCAGUGUGAAGAGGUCCGCUUGUUCUUCGAGACCCGACCUGAAGACCUGAACCCACCCACAGAGGAACCCAUUGGAAAGAAGAAAUCAGGGCUUGUGGAACGAGCGACUACUUUCCUAAAGCGAGGUAGUAACAGACUCAUGCUUGGCUCUGCUCUGUGUGUCACCUUGGGGGUGUGA